UAUGGUUUGAUGAAAUUCGUGAUUCUUUGAUAAACAGAAGUAACUUCUAUUAAACAUUUAGCCACCAUGUCAACCCGAUGGUAUCCAAUUUACCAACGCGGGAACCCCCAACUGCGGGUGUUUUUGCCUAACUUUUGGCUCAAACUGGUGCGGCCGGAACACAAACAACCUCCCAACGUUGUGCAGUUCGAGUGUUCCAUGGAAAUGACCCGGCACGAUGUGAAGAACUAUUUAGAAAAGAUAUACAAAGUUCCCGUCGUAAGCGUCCGUACGCGCAUUGCUUUGGGCAAUACCAAGCGAGACCUGGUACUGGGAUACAUCACGAAGGAAGAGGAUGCCAAGCUUGCCUAUGUCACUCUGCCAAAUACUAUGAAAUUUGAAUUUCCGGACAUCUUUCCAACUGAAGCAAAGCAGAAAAUAGAGGACGAUAAGAAAUCCCUUGAGGAAGCAAAGAAAAAUCACAAAAAGUUUCUGGAUAAAAACAAAGACCGGCCCGGCACACCUGGUUGGUUUUCCAUUUAAUGUCAAACUAGUUCACACUUACAUGAGUUAAACGAGAAUAUUGUUAGAGUAAACUAAUAAAACUGGCUUUAUUUAUGCUCGUUA